AUGGACUACACGCGAGUUGCGCCGCGAUUUCGGCGGCUGGCUUGUGCGUUCCAAGUAGCCUUGGUAUUAGCUCUCAUUCUCUACGCAGCUUUCCAAGUCGGCAGCAUUGUGACCUAUUCAGAGAAUCCACCAGUCAAUACCGAGAUGCUGCCGUGGAAUGGUGCGGGACGCUGGGCGAUGUGUAGCUGGGGGACAGAACACUUCGGACUCACGUUGAGCCAUGUCGGCAUGUCCAUUGCCAACCAUACCGGAAUUUCCAUGCCUGACGGUAGCCACCGGGACAAUUUUUCUUUGAUGACCAGCUGGACUUUGUCUGCAACACGUUUAGAGCUUCAUGGAGAGAUGCGAAAUUGUUCGAUCGUGGACUUGGACAACUGGGAAUGGGGGGCUCUGCCACAGCUGUGGACGCUAUUUGCCAACAUCGGAGGUUACGUGACCCUGCUGAGCCUGCUCUUCACCACGGUCUUCGUGAAAGCGAAUCCAAACAGCGAGAUUUCCCGGGUUUAUGAUGCGCGUACUUUCAUUGGUGAGCGUAUCGGAUUUGCACUUCCAAAUGGUCAGCCUGAUCAGCUCAGAGAUGCGGAGUGA